UCUUCUCUCCUCAUUCAGUCCCGUGCCUCUCCCUUCCCUCAUCCCUGCUGCCCUGCGCCGAUUCCCAGUCUCCUCUCUCUAGUCUCUUCUUCUUCUUCUUCUUCUUCCAUUCUUCUUCUUGAAUCUUCACUCUUCAGACUUCGGUUUCUUCCUCACAGUCACUGCCGUGCCUCACUGCCCUGGUGCAUCUCGGUGGGUCUUCCACGCACAGCCCUCGCCCACGCCGUGAACGUCCCCUCACGCAGCCCCUCUCACGGACCCACGGAAACUGUGCAUCUUGAAGGCUAUCUAAAACCUAAAAGUUACAGAGAGAGAGAAAGAGAGGCAGAGGGACAGAGAUGAAGCAAGUGGUAGGGAUGGUAGUAUCGAACAAGAUGCAGAAGUCGGUGGUCGUGGCAGUGGAGAGGUUGUUCCAUAGCAAUCUCUACAACCGCUUUGUCAAGCGCACCUCCAAGUUCAUGGCACACGACGAGCUCAAUCAAUGCAACAUCGGAGACCGCGUCCGAUUGGAUCCAUCAAGGCCACUUAGCAAACGUAAGCGUUGGGUUGUUGCUGAAAUCCUCAAGAAAGCCAGAAUUUACGAACCGCCCUCCUCUAAUACUCAACCCCCACCACCAUCCUUGCCUAUUUCAACACCCCCCUCCUAAGGUGAUGUUCUAUGCAGGAUUCCUGAAAAGCUGAGAAUAUUGAGUUCUAGAGGACAGCCUGUUCCAAUAGCUGCUUACUAGCAUCUGCACAAUCCUUGAUGAAAAGUCUAGAUUUCUAUUUCUUUUUUUAAUUAUUAUCUGUACCUUUUGAACGGUAUGGACUCAACAGCUAUGAAGAGGGACUUAUAGCCAUAAUUGUCUAUUGAGUUCUCUUGACAAUCUCUUGAAUUGCACUUCUGUUCAAUGCUAUAUCCAAGACGCCGUGGAUUUCAUUCA